ACUGGCUGCUCUCCCCGCACCGCUGAGCCCACCACCUCUGCACCAAUCACAGCCUGCCUUUACCUACGCGCACAUGCAUGCACGAACGCACAGACACAGACCCUGACAUACACACACACACGGCGAUCCACCGCUCCGGUUCUCCGCUGCCUUCACAUGCGUCCCCACCGACUCCGCGUAGCGCUGGCUGCGCCAAGAAGAGCGGUCGUCCCGGUGGCAUCUGAACGUCUCACCGCCUGACUGACCCAGAGCCGGGGAGAGAGAGAGACAGAUAGAGAGAGAGAAAGAGAGAGAGACCAUCUUUCCUCUCUCACAACCCAUCUCCCUUUCGCUUGGAAGAGACCGCAGCAAGCUAUUUCUUUCGGCAUCUUUUCUUUUUUCCCCCACUUCCCUCCCUCCUCCUGUUCUUGCUGCAUCCCUCCGUUAGUGUCGGUCUCCCGGUUUGAAGGAGAAACCGGAGAGCCCGGUCGUGAUUUUGUGGAAAUAUAUUUUUCAUCUUCUUUUUUUCCUGCUGAGUGUUGGUAGCGCGCAGUUGGUGCGCGCUUCUGUAAAUUCCGGUGAAUGGUGGAUUUGGCAAACAUGGAGACCGUGGAGAAGGAAUGCGGGGCCCUCGGGGGUCUAUUCCAGGCGAUUGUCAACGACAUGAAGUGCUCCUAUCCUGUGUGGGAGGACUUCAGUGCCAAGGCCACUAAGCUGCAUUCCCAGCUCCGAACCACGGUUCUAGCUGCUGUGGCCUUCCUGGAUGCCUUUCAGAAGGUGGCAGACAUGGCUACCAACACCAGAGGGGCAACCAGGGAUAUCGGUUCAGCUCUGACCAGGAUGUGCAUGAGGCAUCGCAGCAUUGAGGCCAAACUCCGCCAGUUCACCAAUGCUUUGAUGGAGAGCCUGAUCACUCCUCUCCAGGACAAGAUUGAGGACUGGAAGAAGACAGCCAACCAGCUGGAUAAGGAUCAUGCCAAAGAGUACAAGAGGUCACGCCAUGAGAUCAAGAAAAAGUCAUCUGACACCAUGAAACUACAGAAGAAGGCUCGUAAAGAGAUCCAGGGACGAGUGGACCUGCAGCCUCAGCUGGAUAGUGCCAUGCAGGAUGUGACUGACAUGUGCCUGUUGAUGGAGGAGACAGAGAAGCAGGCAGUGCGCCGGGCCCUGGUGGAGGAGAGGGGUCGCUUCUGCACAUUCAUCGGCUUCCUUCAGCCUGUUGUGAAUGGAGAGAUUGCCAUGCUGGGAGAGAUCACCCACCUCCAGGCCAUCAUUGAUGACCUCACUGUGCUGACGACCGAUCCUCACAAACUGCCCCCAGCUAGUGAACAGGUAAUUAAGGAUCUUAAGGGGUCAGAUUACACCUGGUCCUAUCAGACUCCUCCUUCAUCCCCAAGCAGCUCUGGCUCCCGCAAGAGCAGCAUGUGCAGCAGUGUCAACAGCGCCCACAGUAGUGCCUCCCGUUCAUCAGGGGGAGGUGGUAGUGGUGGUGCUGGUGGAGGUGGUGGAGGCUCCCAGCCCCACUCACCCACUUCAUCCUCCUCCUCCUCCUCCUAUCGCUACCGCAGCAGCCUGCCGCAUCAGCCCCCACCACCGGGAGGAAUUGCUGCUCACCGCCUCAGCAGUGUCUCCUCCCACGAUUCGGGCUUUGUGUCCCAGGAUGCAAACAUCUACUCCAAGCCCCCCUCACCCAUGCCCUCGGACAUCACUAGCCAGAAGUCAUCCAGCUCAGCAUCGUCAGAGGCCUCAGAAACAUGCCAGUCAGUCAGUGAAUGCAGUUCCCCUACCACUGAUUGGUCCAAAGCAGGUCAGUAUGAGCAGCCGGUGGCUGCAGCAGCAGUUCAGAGGAGAAAGGAACCUCUCGAUAGACUGAGGGAGAACGAGAUGUCACCAAGCUCCCAGGGAUAUGCCGGCCCAUCACACCUUGAUGAUGCACAAAGACCAAGAAUGACCCCGGCCACCAUCGCUGCCAAGCAUGGAGAGGAGGUCUCUCCAGCAGCCAGUGACCUGGCCAUGGUGCUGACCCGAGGACUGAGUAUGGAGCAGCAGAAGAGCAGCAGAGACUCCCUGCAGUACUCCAGUGGCUACAGCACAGAGACCACAACCCCAUCCUGCUCCGAAGACACAAUCCCCUCACAAGGUUCAGAUUAUGAUUGCUACUCAGUGAACGGUGAUGCUGAAGGCCCUGAUGGACAGACAGAUUUCGACAAGUCCUCAACCAUUCCUCGCCACUCUAACAUUGCCCAGAACUACCGGCGCAUGAUCCAGACCAAGCGGCCAGCCAGUACAGCCGGCUUGCCCAGUGGGGUUCUUGGUCCCGGGGGUCAUGUGAUACCAGGUCAACCUGGCGGGACUGGAGGUGGAUCAGGUACUCCAGGCACUGCCACAAUCCGCCGAACCCCAUCUACCAAACCAGGCGUGAGGCGCACACUGUCCAAUGCGGGGCCAAUCCCCAUCCGACCACCCAUUGUGCCUGUCAAGACACCCACUGUUCCCGGAGACUCGCAUUCACCUGGCGCAUCUGGUGGGUACGCAGGUGGAGGGCACUCAGGUGGCGUGCCCGUACGCGUGGGCAGCGAGGAGUGCGUUUUCUUCACCGGUGUCGAGGAUGCACAAGGAGCGCUUGAUUACGUGAAGGCGUCACCGAAGCGUCUCAGCCUGCCUAACACUGCCUGGGGAUCAGGGGCGGCCUUAGAGGUCUACGCCCAGCAGCAUGGAGGCCUUGCAAUGGUAACAGGCUCAGGGCCCGGAUCAGAGGAGGAUCAGAUGAUCGCGGCCAAUCGGCACAGCCUAGUAGAGAAGAUUGGCGAGUUGGUUGCCAGCGCACAUGCCCUUGGAGAGGGGCAGUUUCCUUUCCCAGCCCUCCCCGAUGACCCCACCCUGCCGCCAACUGGCCCCACCGACACAGGGACAGAGGGGGCAGAAGGGACCGGUGACAUGUUAACCACCAUCAGGAGAGGAGUCCGCCUUCGCAAGACCGUCUCCAACGACCGCUCAGCACCGCGCAUCUUGUGAUUGGAGGAGAAGCAGGAAGAGGAUACUUGUCAGCCAGUAGGGAGUCAGGUGUUGGUGUGGUGCAACCCAACCGCCUAGUACAUACACAAACACUUAACUAUGUAGGGAAAGCUAUAAUAUAACAGAAGAGGAAUGAAAAAAACAUACACAAAAAAUAAGUUUAAAAGACACCAUUAGAGUAAAUGAUAUAUAAUAUAAUGAUAAUAAUAACAACAUUAAUAAUGUUAACUCAUGCUGACAAUUAAAAGUGAAAUACUGAAUAUUGACAGGCUCCUAGCAGGCCACUAUAACUAGUGUGUGUUGGACGCAUGUUUGUCUUCUCUACACCUUCACCCAGGGACGAAAAGACUUGCAGGAAAAACAGAUAAGAUUAAAAAAAAAAGGCAAAAAAAGAGAGACUGGGUUCUGUUUGUCAAUUUAUACCCUUCCCCAUCCUCUUCUCCAACUAACCCAAAUCCUAGAUGAGAGACUUAUGACUAAAGGAAGGCCCUGUGGGGGCGAGAAAGAGAGAGGGGGGUCAGAGUGCCAUGUGACCAGCUGGAUUUGAACCCAGGCUGUCUCAGCAGCAACAUACUGUACUUAUUAGCCCACUGAACUGAAGCUUUGGUAUUAGCACGGGGAGCUAACAAGCCAGAGGGCUUCUCUGGUUCAUCCUAAUGUAAAAGAGUCUCUAAAAAAAAUACUGUUGGCAUUGAACCGUGCUAGUGCCCCCUUCCCCUCUCUCUCUCUGUGUAGUGUGUGCGUGCAUUCAUGUGUAUGCAUGUGGGCAAAUGCGAGCACAUGUGAUCGAUUGUGUGCGAGGGGGGUUGGUAGAGCUCUGCUGCAGGACAGCUGGUCACCCAACGAGGGCAGGGCUUUUUCUCCUGUGUGUCGUACGUGUAUUUUCUUGUUUAUAUCGUGACGUCAUUUACCUUGUUACAACCGUACGAGAAGUUACAAGAAGUAAUCCAGGCGUAUAGAUAUAUUCAUAUAUAUUUUCUAGAACCAGAGAGAAAAUGUUGAAUCAGAA